AUGCAUAGGUUUAAAUUUAUAAAAAAUUGGAAUUUUAGAAAAUUUGGUAAAUUAACAAAUUUCCAAAAUUCCAAAAUAAACUAUCGUUAUAUUAGCAGUAGUGAGAAUGCAAAUUUGAAAAAAAAUAUAGUAAAUAAAAAUAAUGAUGUAAAUAAUAAUAUUAAAACAGGAAAGAUAUCCCAAGUAAUAGGAGCUGUUGUAGAUGUAGAAUUUGAAGAUACUCCUCCAGCUAUUCUAAAUGCAUUGGAAGUAGAAAUAGAUAACAAGAAGUUGAUUUUGGAGGUAGCUCAGCAUUUAGGUAACAAAGUAGUGAGAACAAUAGCAAUGGAUGCUACAGAUGGUUUAGUAAGAGGACAACAAGUAAAGGAUAGUGGAAAGCCAAUAUGUGUACCUGUAGGAAAGGAAACAUUAGGUAGAAUUAUGAAUGUUAUUGGUGAACCAAUAGAUGAGUGUGGUGAUAUUAAAAAUAAAAAAUUUUUGCCAAUACAUAGAGAUCCUCCACUAUUUACUGAUCAAAGUACAGAACCUGCAUUGUUAAUAACAGGAAUUAAAGUUGUAGAUUUAAUAGCCCCAUAUGCAAAGGGAGGAAAAAUAGGUCUUUUUGGUGGUGCAGGAGUAGGAAAAACAGUCUUAAUUAUGGAAUUAAUUAAUAAUGUUGCAAAAAAACAUGGUGGUUAUUCUGUUUUUGCUGGAGUGGGAGAAAGAACAAGAGAAGGAAACGAUUUAUAUCAUGAAAUGAUAACAACUGGAGUUAUUAAAAAAAAAAAAAUAGGAAAUGAUGAAUUUGAUUUUAGUGGUUCUAAAGCUGCAUUAGUCUAUGGUCAAAUGAAUGAACCUCCAGGAGCUCGUGCUAGAGUUGCAUUAACAGGUUUAACUGUUGCUGAAUAUUUUAGAGAUGAAGAAAAUCAAGAUGUGCUAUUAUUUAUUGAUAAUAUUUAUAGAUUUACUCAAGCAGGAUCAGAAGUAUCUGCCUUAUUAGGUCGUAUCCCAUCGGCUGUUGGUUAUCAACCAACUUUAUCUACUGAUUUAGGUGCAUUACAAGAAAGAAUUACUACAACCAAAAAUGGAUCAAUUACAUCUGUUCAGGCAGUAUAUGUACCAGCAGAUGAUUUGACAGACCCUGCACCUGCAACUACUUUUUCACAUUUAGAUGCAACAACUGUCUUAUCAAGAUCUAUAGCAGAAUUAGGUAUAUAUCCUGCUGUGGAUCCUUUAGAUUCUACAUCUCGUAUGUUAACACCUGAUAUUGUUGGUGCAGAUCAAUAUCAAGUUGCAAGAAGUGUUCAACAAAUAUUACAAGAUUAUAAAUCACUUCAAGAUAUUAUUGCAAUUUUAGGUAUUGAUGAAUUAUCAGAACAAGAUAAGUUAACAGUUGCUAGAGCUAGGAAAGUUCAGAGAUUUUUAUCUCAACCAUUUGCUGUGGCUGAAGUUUUUACUGGAAAACCAGGAAGAUUUGUGGAAUUAGAAGAUACAAUUAGUGGCUUUUCUGAGCUCCUAAAAGGUAACUGUGAUGAUCUACCAGAAAUGGCUUUUUAUAUGGUUGGUGGUUUGGAUGAAGUUAAAUCAAAAUCAGUUCAAAUGGCAAAACAGUUAUCAUAA